UGUCGCAGCAAACACAACAACAACAACAACCUCUCAAGUUAAGACACCCAACACCUUACCAUAUUAUACAAACUAGUGAAAACAAUGGUUAUCAUUCACCUCAUCCGCUUUCUAAUGUGGAUUCAAGUAGCCCUUUUCAUUUAAAUCGAGAUUCUCCUUCUGAACAACAACAACAACAGAAUCAAAUCGAGUUUAGUGAUUCAUUCUCACAACAAGUGAUGCAUCCCAUGUCUUCACCCCUUUCAAGUGAAUAUGAUGAACAUUCAGAAUAUCCACAGUUAUAUGAUAGACAUUCAUUUAGUUCAACAACGCAGCCUAUGGUAAGGUCAAACAUUAUACAAUUCAUGUUUUUUUACCAAGAGAAAAUCUAGCCAACAACUAUCCCUAUGGAUAUCCAUCGUCGUUCUUCUGCUGCUACAGAUGUGUCUCUACAAAACAACCAACCUGUAUUUGUAUCAGGAAGUAGUUUUGAUUCUACGCAUUCAUUAGCUAUGUCUGCACCUGCUAAUAUGGGUUAUGAAUACACCUAUAAUCCAUUAGAGAUCCAUGGUAACCACCAUGGUAACACAACGAGUAACCAAAGUGGUGGUCAUGGCUUGGCAAAAAGUUAUGAAGAUGAUUAUACAGCACAACUAAAUAUGCAAAUCAUGAUGGAAAAGCGUAGACGUAGAAGAGAAUCACAUAAUGCAGUUGAAAGAAGAAGAAGAGACAAUAUCAAUGAUCGUAUUCAAGAACUUUGUAGUUUGUUACCAGAGAAAGCCCUUGAGAACAUCAGUUUAGGCCCAAAUAAUAAGCCUAAUAAGGGUAUCAUUUUGAAGAAGUCAGUGGAUCAUAUACGCUAUUUACAGCAAGAAGUCCAAUCUUAUCAUCAGAAAGUAGCAGAUUUAGAAAAGACAUUAAAAAUGUAUCAAUCAUGAUAAUAAACAUUCUCUUUAUUCAUCCCAAGGAUUA